AUGGCCCCCUCAAUCUUGAACCUACGAAGAUCUGUCUCUACGCUCAACAACGAAUCAAACAACAAAAAGACUGAGCAGCUCUUGUCCUUAUUGUCCUCCAGAUCCAGAUCCAACAACAACAAUAUAAACAUCAGCAUCAUCAACACCCCAAACAAUCACGCCAACGCUAAUCACAAUACCGUUCCUGCUAACAAUAACAAUGCCAAUAUCGUCCACAAAAAAUCAACCUCAAUUAACUCAGACGAUAGUGUCAUAAUACACCCAAGACAACCUAUCAAUAACGAAAACGAUUUCAAUAGCCAACCCAAUAACAAUAACAAUAACAACCCUUACAAUAACAGCCACUACAACAACAACAGCCCCUACAAUAAUCAGUAUACUAAUAGUAGCAACAACAAUAAUAACAAUAGUAAUAGUAAUAGUAAUAGUAAUAGUAAUAAUAAUAAUAAUAAUAAUAAUAAUAAUAAUAAUAAUAAUAAUAAUAAUAAUAAUAAUAUUGAGUCUGAUAAUGAAGAUUACGGUUAUGACGAAAAUGACCCAUUUGAAGAAGACCUCUUAAUUGACGACUUGCCCCCUGACCCUCCUAAAUCUCCUCCAAGAGAACUACAUCCUGAAAGACUAUACGCCCUAUACGACUUUUCUGGCCCUGACGAAGCCCAGUGCGACCUAAAGUACGAUGAUCCAGUCAUACUACUAAACGACGACGACUCCUACUGGUGGCUAGUCGAACGAGUGGAAGACAGCAAAAUAGGUUUUGCUCCUGCUGAAUGUUUGGAGACUCCCACUGAAAGAUUAGCACGUUUGAACUGCUGGAAAAAUGAAGAAAUUGAACGAAAAGCAAAAGAAGAAAAAAAGAAAUCAAGAUCUCUACUCUCCCUAUCCAGAAAAUCAUCCUCAAAAAAAUCCUUAAAAUUGUCCUCAAAACUAUCCUCAAAGAAAAACUCAAAUGCUUUGAAUCCAAAUAACAAUAACAAUAACUCAAAAUCAGUAGUCUUUUCCGAUCACGUAACCUAUUCCACAAGCGAUAUCGAUUGGUCUUCAUAUUCCUCAUCUGAACAAGAAUAUGAUGAUUAUGACGAUGACUACGAAGAUGAAGGUGAAGGUGAUCAACAAGAAAAAAAACAAGAAAAUAACUUUCUCAAUCAGCAUGACAAUCAUAAAAACAACAACAGCAACAACAACAAUGACAAUGACAAUGACAAUGAAAUAAAUUCAAAUUUCCUUCUGACUGAUGACAUAUCUCUAAAACCAACUGAAAAUCAGCCUAAAAAAUUAAACCUAACUGACUCCCCAGUAUCUCAUUUAAAUCUAUCAAACAAUUCAAUUCAAAAUAAUACUUCAAACAACAACAAAUCUGAAACUGAAACUGAAACUGAAAUUGAAACCGAAAUCGAAACCGAAACCGAAAUCGAAACCGAAAUUGAUAACGAAUCUGAAACCGAAAAAGCUAUACUGGAUCUAUUAAACCAGAGUAAUAACAGAAAUUCAGACUUGUACAAUUAUAACGAAAACAAUGAAAUAACUCCAUUAAACGUUCCUAAAACAUCAAAAAAUAGAAAAAAACCCUCCAAUAAUGAUAAUCAAAAUCUUAAAGAUACUUCACCAGACAACACUCCGCCACCAGUUCCUCCAAAGGAUACAAAUAACGAAUCUCAAACUGAAAAUAACUCUCUUCAUGAUAACCAAAAGAAUAAAACAAUAUUAAACAGCACAAACUCAACCAUAAUUGAUUACGACAACAACAACAAUAGAUCAAGUCUAAUUUCAAUCUCAGACGACGAACUUUCCCUAUAUAAUAGAUCCUCAUCAAUUUAUUACGACCUAAACCUUGAUAAAGUCAAUUCACCAAAUCACAACAAUAACCCAAACAACAUUUCAAAUAAUUCAAAUAACAUAAACACUAGCCCAAAUAAAAAUUUAAGUAGCUUUAUCAACUCUUCAAACUCAAAUAAUAACCUUAAUAACAUACUAAAUUCCUCCUCCAAUUCAACUAAAAUAACUCAUUCACUGUCAAAUCCAAUUAGUACUCCCAUAAUGAAUAACAACAAUUCAAACAACAACAGUAACAAUAACAACAGCACUCCAAAUGUCAAUGGUGCCAGUAAUAACAACGUCAAUAAGAACUUCAGAAGUAGCUCUUCCUUAUUAACCGCUCCUACACCCUUUGGCAAAAGAACAAAUUCGAUAACUGCUAGUAUUAAAACUUUAGAAUCUGCCAGUUCCUAUUCUAUCGGUGAAUAUUCUCCUUCUUCGUCGGAAUAUUCAAACGAUGUCUUAAGUUCAACUCCACCUUUAAACUCUUUUAAUAGAUAUUCUUUAAGCAGAGAUGUAAAUGUCAAUUACAAUAACUACAAUAGUAAUAGCAAUAACAAUAAUAAUAAUAACAAUAAUAAUAUCAAUCACACCAAUACUAAUUCCACCACUAGCACUACCACUAGUACUACCACUAAUAAAGGUAACCUACCUUUGUCAGUAGCCCAAAUGAAUAUCCAUGAUGCCAUGAUGCAAGGAAAUUAUGAAGAAAGUGUAUACAGUCACAACAGUAACAGUAACGGUCUAAAUAUCAAUUUCAAUAACCAAAAUAAUCACAACAAUACUAUCAAUAGUAAUAAAAGAAUCAAAAUUGGGAACGAUAGCAAUGAAGAUUUUGAGAACAUUACAGCCAAGGACAUUCAAAGAAAUAAACUAUCAUCUCCUAUCACAAUACAUCAUGAAGAUUCAAACGAGGAUUUAACUACAGUUUCAAUUAGUACAAUGGAGAAUAAUACAAUUAUUUACGAUAACGAUCUUAAUGCAAAUUCAAUUAAUGGCACAAUCAUUAAUGAUAAUAAUAACAGCACCAACAAUAACAGCAUCAAUAGUAUUAACAAUACUAAUAAUAUUAACAAUCUCAAUGUUAUUAAUAAUAAUAGCUAUAUCAAUACAAGAAAGGCAUCAGAUGACUCGAAUCAUCAAUUUCUGUCGUUCAAAUUUCCUUACAACACAGAGGAGAGAGAUAGAACAUAUAAUAUUGCUGGUGUCGCUAAUGGCAAUAGUAACAAUAAAAAUAUUAAUAUCAAUAACAACCACAGUUUUGAUGACGAAUUUGAUAAAACUGGUAUCAUGCAUCACCCAUUUCAAAACAAAGGGAAGGAUGAUUUGCCAUCAGUCAAUUCAUUCAAUGUCGAAACAGAGCAUGAGUUGUUUCAUAAUAAAGAUAAAAAUAACCCCAAUAACUCAGUAUCAGUUAGCUCACAUCUUAAUGAUACAGCCCGAAAUUUAUCAACACGCAAAUCUGUUUCGUCAGAUAACUCUAUUGUGGAUGAUGAAGAUAAUGAUGAGGUUGAAAGUCAAAUCACACCUGGAACAAGUACCUCAUUUGAUGGGGAUAAUGACUUGAAUAAUAAAGAAAUGGAUAACUAUUUGGAAAAUUCAACAUAUUUGAAAAAACUAGGAAAUCUGAAAAUUAAGGAUGAUUCGUUUGAUGAUUUGGAUUUAAGUAAAGAUGACGACGUUAAAGACGAUAAUGUUAUAAAUGGUGAUAACAACGAUAAAUAUAUCAAGAAACUUUAUUCAACAUCAACAGUUACGAAUACGUCGUCGACCAACACAUCGUUUAACGACAAUGAUAUCUCUCAUGGAAAUAUUUAUCAAAGCAACGUAGCUGGAUCAAAUAGCCUAACAAGCGAAAAUGAUAGUUUUAACGAAUUCAAUUGUCUUUCAUCUCACCAAGUCAGAGAUUAUCAUCCGGAAAUAAACGAAUUAUACACACCGUUAUUCAAUAAAGCUGAUUCGAUAGCUGCUAAAAUUGAGAUUUUGAAAAGAAUGAUUAUUGAAAAUUAUUAA